AUGGCAAAGAAAUCUCUUGCCGAGAAGUACGCCGAGGCAGAACAGCCCGUUGACUUUGAUAUCGAAAAUGAAGAGCUGAACCCCUUUGCACGCAUUGACGAAGAAGGAUCCCUCUCAUCAGAUUCCGACGAUGAGGCUCUCAAGAAAGAACACUACGUUCCCGUGGGCAAGUCGAAGCUCAGAAGCCAGAAUGGAUCGCUUGUAAAGGGAGAGAAGUACAAAGGCGCAGUGACGUCAAGAAAGAGUCUUUACGAUGAUAGUGAUGGAAGCAGAGAUGAUAAUGAGGGCAGUGAAGGAAGUGGGGAGGAGAAUGAGGAAGAGGAAGAGGGAAGUGAAGAGGAGGGUGAUGAUGUUGAGGGGGAAGAUGGUGAAGAAGAAGAGGAUGAGGAAGAGGAUGGAGCAGAUCUCAGCGAAGAUGACAGUGGAGCCUCUCUCAGAGCUAAUAGUGACGAUGAGUCUGGGAUGGAUGAAGACGAUGAAAGUGAAAGUGAGGGGUACGAAGAGGACGGCGAUGCUAAGAGACAGAAAAUCAAGGCGAUGAUGGCAAAAGAAAGAAAGCACAUUGUGAACAGACUUUCCGAGGCUGCCUCACAGGAGGCGCUUAAGGGUUACGCCAUACUACAACAGCAUAAGCUCUUUGAUGCGCUAAUAGACGCUAGGCUAAAGGUGCAAAAAGCCUUGACAAAUUCGAACUUGUUGCCAGGGAACUACGAUACUUUGGUCGAGGAAAAAUUAGGCGACGAAUCAACUGACGGCAAGAUAGAAGAAGUGUCACAGAAGUGUUACUCAUUGCUAGAUAUGAUAUUGCAGUUGCGGUCGAAGCUUUAUGUUAAGGAGAACGUGGUGGUAGAGCCCGUGGACCACAAGCCUAAGAAACGACUGUUGGAGCAGUACCUCGAAGCCACCAGCAAGUAUGAUACUAUUCUCAACGACUACAGAAGCAAUGUUCUCACAAAAUGGCUGGCGAAGAUCCAAAACUCUUCUGGGUCUAGUGCCAUGAAUGCCAGCAAGUUCAAGGCUCUCAACCAAUCUGCAGAGCAGCAGGUGAUAAACAAUUUGGCUGACAUGGAGCGACUUGUCAAGAGAACGAGGCUCAACAGAAAACAGUUGAAGCCUCUAGGAUUUGAGUAUUAUGAGAAGCUGAAGACGCAAGGAACGAGUAAUGAGAACAGCGAGGGGAAAGACGGUGAGGAGGAAAUUCCAGAAACACAGCAGAGCAGGUCACUCAAUGUUCAGGAAGUGGAGCUGAUUUUUGAUGAUGAAGAUUUCUACAGAGUAUUGUUGAAUGACUUGGUUGAUAAAAAAAUUCAGUCCACAGACCCAACGUCAGGCUUGCAAUUCGCCAUGAGAGGAGCGGCGUCUGCCAAGGUCAAGAAGAAUGUCGACAAUAAAGCGUCCAAGGGCAGAAAGUUGCGGUACCAUGUUCAAGAGCCAAUUGCCAAUUUCGAGACACCGCAGCCGGCUCUCAAGUGGGACGACGACCAGAUCGACGAGUUCUUCGCUUCGUUGUUGGGACAAAGAGUGAGCAUGAAAGAACAAUUAUCUGAAGAAGAGGACGAAGAAGAGGAAGAAGAAGAGGAGCUUCUUGUGGGAGACAACUCCAUCAAGUUAUUCGGAUGA